AUGACAGCCCAUCACAUCUCAUCAUCGGUCGCAAUCUCAAUAGCAUGUCUGGCCGUUGUAGGCGCUUUGUCAACUCCAGCAUUCCGCCAGUUUCUGCUUCGCAUUCGACCCAAAAAAGGACAAUACCAGGAGCUCUCGCGGCGGUAUGAGGACAAAGAUGGAAAGGCCACGGAAGAAUCUCAGCGAGCGUGUUCCGACGUGGUCGUCCGUUGGACACUAAUUAUCGUUUCUGCCAUCGCUUGCCUCGAUGCUUUGGCCACCGCGAUAUUGACAACGAACCGGCCCAAUCUAUCUCUCACCCUCGAACAGUGGCUUCAAUUUGCAACCUGGUCGCUGAUUUUGUCCCAAACUGUGGCCAUCUACGUGACGCCCUCGUCAACGCAGCGAUACCGUCUUGGGAUCUUUACCGGCUUCUCAUGUCUGCUCAUCGCCGUUGCUGUGGCGGUCGAGAACAUAUCGCUAUGGCAGUCGAAAGUCGCCCCGCUUCCGCGGAACGCCCAUCUUCCAUUAUCGCUCGUUCAGUUCAUCGCUGGGAUCCUUCUCCUCUUUGCCAGUCUGUCCAUCCCACGGCGGCCGGACGUCUUUUGGAAUGACAAGGUGGUCGACCGGCAAAACACCGUUUCUGUCCUGGCCAAAAUAACCUUCUCCUGGGCGUCGGCGAUUCUUUCUUUCGCGGUGAAGAACAAGGGCCUCGACUACGAUGAUCUUUACGAGAUUGACCACGAAAUUCGAUCUCGAGAAUUAAGAGCCAGCUUCGAGGCUGUCGGACGCAAAGACAAACUAUGGAAGACGCUCUUUUGGUCACAUAAGUGGGCCUUCAUCCAACAGUGGGUUCUGCAGGCAACAUGCUCCAUCACGGAUUUCCUACCCCAAAUCGCCCUUUACUUCAUUCUCAAGACACUCGAAGCCCGAGAUGAAGGCGAAGAUGUGGCGCUCACGUCAUGGCUGUUGGUGAUCGGCCUCGGCUUAGCCAUUACUUUUUCGUCAUGGCUCGAGGCGUGGAUGUUCUUCAUCACAUUCAUGAAGAUUGGCGUGCCAAUCUACGAACAGUUGUCGGCCGUCGUGUUUGGAAAAGCCAUCAGGCGAAAAGAUGUCAAGGGCACGGGCAAGAAGCAGGAAGAGGAGGCAGCAAAUGGCAAUUUGAACGGCGAAGUUGUGGUCAGCGUGGACGAUGGCCCCAAGGGAGGAGAUCGCGCUCCGGACGAGGACGAGGAUGGCGACUUUCAGAAGUCGAAGCAAAGCACCAUCAACUUGGUUGGGAUCGACUCGAAACGAAUCUCGGAUUUUGCAACCUUCAACUACAUCUUUCUGGGAUCCGCCAUCAAGUUGAUAUUUGCCAUCAGCUUCUUGUCAAAAUUGAUUGGACCCAUCCCGUUGCUUGCUGGACUGGCGGCUCCUGCCCUGAUCACGCCCAUCAACAUCAUGGCCGCCAAGCGAUAUGCCGCUGCUCAAGACGACCUGAUGAAAUAUCGUGACCAAAAGAUGGCAGUGGUGACCGAAGCUCUGCAAGGCAUCCGUCAAAUCAAGUUCAGUGCCCUUGAGCGUGACUGGUACGAAAAGAUUCUCGAAACCAGGAGGAGGGAACUGAAGACGCAGUGGCAAGUGUUUGUGUACGACACCACUCUGAUCAGCAUCUGGAUUUUCGGGCCCGUCAUGCUUGCAGCCGUUUCAUUGACAACUUAUGUUCUGAUCUACAAGCAAUUGACUGCGUCGGUGGCCUUCACGACCAUUUCCGUCUUCGAAGCCAUUGAAAUGACCUUGGCUGUCAUUCCAGAAAUGAUAACAGACCUCCUUGAUGCUAUAGUGUCUGCGAAUCGGGUUCAGGAAUACCUUGAUGCGCCUGAACGGAUCGACAGCACCAAGGCUGGUGAUGCUGUGGUGUUCAAAGAUGCUACGGUGUCUUGGCCGUCGGACAAUCCUGAGAACGAAGAGAACCAGUUCACGUUGCGCAACUUGAACAUUAGCUUUCCGAAGAACGAGUUAAGCGUCAUCUCCGGCCGCACUGGGUCGGGGAAGAGCUUGCUCCUGGCCUCCAUCAUUGGCGAGGCUGAAAUUCUUGGAGGCGAACUUGUCGUCCCCAAACCGCCGCUGGCCGCCCAGCGACACGACUCUGUGGCGAACAGGAGUAACUGGGUGAUGGAGUCUUCCAUUGCAUUUGUUGCCCAAAUUCCUUGGAUCGAGAACGCUACUAUUCGCGAAAAUAUCCUUUUCGGACUCCCUCUCGACAAUGACCGGUACCAAAAGGUUCUGCAUGCGUGCGCGCUGACGAAGGAUCUGGAAAUGUUGCCAGAUGGAGAACUCACCGACAUCGGUGCAAAUGGAAUCAAUCUCAGCGGCGGCCAGAAAUGGCGAGUUUCAUUUGCUCGUGCCCUGUACUCCAGGGCAGGCAUUCUUGUCUUGGACGACAUCUUCUCCGCAGUCGACGCGCACGUUGGGCGACAUCUGUUCGAGCAAGCCCUCGUAGGGGAACUUGGCCAAGGCAGAACAAGAAUCCUGGUGACACACCACGUCGCCUUGUGUCUCCCAAAAACGAAUUAUAGCGUUCUGUUAUCCAACGGCACCGUCGAACAGGCCGGCAAAACAGAGGAGCUGCGACGAAGUGGAAAACUAAAAUCGAUCCUGGCCGAAGACGAAGAAGAGGGAAAAAGGGAGGACGAAGAAGAAGCCAUCGAGAAUCUAACGGUGGAUGACGGCGGCGGUCUCCAGAAAAUGUUGACCAACCAGUCGCGCCGGUCGAGGCGGAAAUCCGCUCUCAGUGAUGUUGCCAACAAUCUGAUGCGUCGUCCAUCCCGUGCCAGUCUGAAUGACGCGAAGCAAAGCCGCAACCCGCCGAAGAAAUUCACGGAGGAAGAGAAGCGCGAGACAGGCGCGAUCAAGUACCGAAUCUACGUAGCCUACAUCAGGGCGUCUGGCGGCUUCGGUUAUUGGUUGUUCAUCCUGGCCAUCUUUAGUCUUUGGGUCGCAGUUUACCUGGCCAGGUCGUAUUGGAUCAGUGUGUGGACGAGAUCGUACCGCACGGAGUCGGAGCAUAUCUUCCCCCAGAGGCUGGUCCAGCAAUCUCUGAGUAGCGUCUAUCACCACCUCCACGCUCAGUAUUCCGCCGCGGCCAUCGACCCAAACCUUCGAUAUUACCUAGGAGUUUACCUUGGCAUCUCCCUCGUCGCCUGGCUGAUCGGUACGGUGCGCUACUUUUUCGUCUUCAUGGCCUCAAUUCGCGCCUCCAAAAUACUCUUCGAAGGACUCGCCUUCGCCGUCCUCCGCGCGCCUUUACGCUGGCUCGACACUGUGCCUGUGGGACGCAUCCUCAACCGCUUCACCUCCGACUUCAAUAUGCUCGAUUCGCGCAUAGCUAUGGAUUUGGCCUUUAUGCUCCACAACAUGAUGCACGUUCUGUCAGUCGUGAUUGCAGGAAUAUUCGUGUCGCCAUUCAUGAUCGUCUUUGCGAUCUGUCUGCUUUCAAUUUCCAUGUACUACGCCCUGCGAUACCUCGCUGGGGCCCGGGAGGUGAAGAGACUAGAAAGCAACGCAAAGUCUCCCGUCUUUGAGCAAUUCGGCUCGGUUCUCAUGGGUAUUGAGACCAUCCGUGCAUUCGACAAGUCUGACGCGUACCUCGACAAGAUGUACGCCAAGAUUGACCGACAUUGUCGCGCGUACUGGCAUCUCUGGCUGUUCAAUCGGUGGAUGGGAUGGCGGCUGAACAUGGUGGGUGCCAUCUUCGCGGCCAUCACCGCGGCCCUGAUUGUCUCUAUUACGAGCAUUGACUCGAGUCUCGCUGGAUUUGCCCUGAGUUUCGCGCUCGGAUUGAGCGAAGGUGUGAUCUGGUUCCUGCGACAGUACUCAAAUGUGGAACUAGACAUGAACGCCACCGAGAGAAUUGUGGAAUACAGUAACAUCACGAUUGAGAAUCAAGGAGGCGUGGAUGCACCGGCCGCGUGGCCCACCGAGGGAAAUCUUGAGGUCGACGAUUUGGUCGUGGGGUAUGCGCCUGAUCUCCCACCAGUGUUGAAGGGUUUGACCUUCAAGGUCACGAAGAACCAGCGCGUCGGCGUUGUUGGACGUACGGGCGCGGGCAAAUCUUCACUGACGCUUGCAUUGUUCCGAUUUCUGGAGGCCCGCAGCGGGAGCAUCUACAUUGAUGGAGUGGACAUUUCCAAGAUCAAGCUGUACGAUUUGCGCUCGAGGCUGGCGAUCAUUCCGCAGGAUCCCGUGCUGUUCUCCGGUACGGUUAGGAGCAACCUCGACCCAUUCGAGCAGCAAACGGACAAGGAAUUGAAGGAGGCGUUGGCGCGGGUGCAUUUGAUUUCGUCGACUACGGCCUCUCCGUCGGCUGUGGCCAGCGGAAGCGCGACACCCGUACCAGAUCAGCGCGCCACAGACAGCUCACCAGAUGCCGACGCAGCGGCGGCCGCAAACAUCAACAUCUUUCACAGCCUCUCCUCCAAGAUCUCCGAGGGCGGGCUCAACCUCUCCCAAGGCCAACGACAGCUCCUCUGCCUGGCACGCGCCAUCGUGUCCCGGCCCAAGAUCAUGGUCCUGGACGAAGCUACGUCGGCGGUGGAUAUGGAGACCGACGCCCUGAUCCAGCGGAGUAUCAGAGAGGAGUUCACGGACAGCACGCUGAUCGUGAUCGCGCAUCGGCUGAGCACGAUUGCGGACUUUGACAAGAUCCUGGUCAUGGGGGAAGGCAGGGUGCUCGAGUUUGAUACUCCCAGAGAGUUGAUGGGGAAGAAAGGAGGUGUCUUUAGGGGCAUGGUGGAGAACAGUGGUGAGAGGGGCGAGUUGGAACGGAUCAUGGGCAUAGGUGUCGGGGGUGAUCCGGAAGGGCAGGAAGGGCCGGAACAAGAGCAACAAAAAGAACAAAAGCAGGAGCAAGAGCAACGGCAAGAGGAGGACCGUGAAGGCGAAGGGAGAGGGAGUGUCGGUGCCAUUGACAGUGUGGACGCCACAGCCAGCGGUACGAGACAAGACGACGACAGUUCCGAGGCAGAGGGCGGUUGGGGAAUCUGA